GGUGAUAUGUUUCUGCAUAUUUUAUAAUACUUGUCAUCUCUUUUAAUUUUCUAUCUUUAUCUAUCUCUUUGUCCAAAUCUUGUACAAGUCAUGAGCUUCACACAAACUCAGAGUUUCGGAAGGUUUCUGGUGCUCCUGUGUUUCUCUUUGACCAUAACAAUCUCAUCUGGAGCCACCACCAUUUCUGUGAACCAGCCUCUGUCUGGAGACUACACAAUAAUAUCUGAAGGUGAACAAUUUGAGCUGGGUUUCUUCAAACCAGGUAACUCUGCCAACUAUUACAUAGGCAUUUGGUAUAAGAAGAUCAAGUCCAAUCCUCUUUCCAUAGUUUGGGUGGCAAACAGAGAAACACCCGUCUCUGAUAGAUUCCGUUCAGAACUAAAAAUCAUUGAUGGUAAUUUGGUGCUCUUGAAUGAGUCCAAGUCCCAGAUUUGGUCCACAAAUGUCUCCACCACCACCACUUUGAAGUCUGCAAUAGCUGUUAUUCUUGAUGAUGGUAACUUAGUUUUGAGAGAAGGUACUUCAAAUUCAGUUGAACCUGCAGUUUGGCAAAGUUUUGACCAUCCAACUCAUACUUGGUUGCCUGGUGCUAAACUUGGUUAUGAUAAAAGAACUAAAAAGAGCCAGCGUCUUACAUCAUGGAGAAGCAAGGAAGAUCCUGCUGUAGGACUCUUCUCAGCUGAACUUCAUCCGUCAGGUAAAGAGUACGUAUUCAAGUGGAAUGGCUCCCAACAAUACUGGACAAGUGGGGCUUGGGAUGGGAAAGCAUUUUAUUUAGUACCGGAAACAAGGUUGGAUUACAAUUACAUAUACAGCUACCAUGAAAAUGUUAACGAGAGUUACUUCAUUUAUUCUGUGUAUGAUCCUUCCAUUAUAUCUUUAUUUAUAUUAGAUGUUUCUGGUACAAUUCAGCAAUUAGCAUGGUCGGAAAAUAAUAAAGAGUUGAAUUUAAUUUGGUUUGAACCUAAAACGCAGUGUGAGGUCUACGCAUUAUGUGGGUCUUUUGGGAUUUGCAGGCAGUCUGGAUCACCUUUUUGUAAUUGCUUGACUGGCUUCAAUCCUAGAUCAGAGAGUGAUUGGAAUCAGAGUGAUUUCUCCAGUGGAUGUGUGAGAAAAACCGAUUUGCAGUGUGGGAGAAACAUGGAAAAGCAAGAUUUUCUCAAGAUUAGAGUCAAGAAUCUGCCUCCAAAUAACUCUGUAGCAGUUGGGAGUGCUGGAGAAUGUCGUACCACCUGUUUGAAUGAUUGCUUGUGUAAUGCUUACUCUUUUGUCGCUGCUCAAUGUUUAGUUUGGGAUGGAAAUCUGUUGAACCUCUCAGAAGACGAUGGUAGUGGGAAUACAAUCUACAUUAAAGUUGCUUCUAAGGAUCUUCCUCGUCCUAAGAAGAGUAAUAAUCUGAUUGUUGUUGUUGGGGUGGUGGGAGGUGUGGUUCUUUUCUUGGUUGUAGUUUUGGUUUUAAUCUAUAGAAAAAAGAGGGUAUCAUUAUCGGUGGGAAAGACGACAAUGGAGGGUUUGCUGGUGGCGUUUGUCUACAAAGAUUUGCAAAUAGCCACCAAAAAUUUCUCGGACAAAUUGGGAGAAGGUGGUUUUGGUUCCGUUUUCAAAGGGGUACUGCAUGAUUCGUCGAUUGUGGCAGUGAAAAAGCUUGAAAGCAUCAGCCAAGGAGAGAAGCAGUUCAGGAGUGAAGUCAGCACAAUCGGUACUAUCCAACACGUUAAUCUUGUACGUCUUCGUGGGUUUUGUGCUGAAGGUAAAAAUAAGUUGUUGGUUUAUGAUUACAUGGCAAAUGGUUCACUAGAUACCCAUCUUUUCCGUGGAAAACAAGUUUUAAACUGGGAAAGGAGGUAUCAGAUUGCACUUGGAACUGCAAGAGGGUUGGUUUAUCUUCAUGACAAGUGCAGAGACUGCAUCAUUCACUGUGACAUAAAGCCAGAUAACAUUCUUGUAGAUGCUAAUUUCCAUCCAAAAAUUGCUGAUUUUGGGCUGGCAAAGCUUGUUGGUAGGGACUUUAGUAGGGUGUUAACAACUACAAGGGGGUCAAUGGGGUAUCUAGCGCCAGAAUGGAUAUCAGGGGUGCCUGUCACAGCUAAAGCAGAUGUUUAUAGCUAUGGAAUGAUGCUUUUUGAGUUAGUCCAUGGAAAGCGAAAUGUCAUGCAUUGUGAAUAUUCAAGCAAUACAUUCUACCCAGGUUUGGUUUCAAGUGUUCUUAUGAAGGGAGGUGAUAUCCUUAGCCUGCUAGACAGUAGGUUGAACAGGGAAGCUUGUGUUGAACAAGUGACAAAAAUUUGCAAAGUUGCAUGUUGGUGUAUCCAAGAUGAGGCAGAGAGUAGGCCUGCCAUGAGUCUGGUGGAACGGAUUCUUGAAGGGGUCUCAGACGUGAGCAUGCCUCCAAUCCCCCAAAUUGUGAAUUUAUUUGUUGAGAACACGGGGGAUGUUGUUUUCUUCACUGAUUCACCCUCAAAAGAGUGUUCAUUAGCACAGAGCAAUUCUACGGGUGGUGAACCCAAUCGAAGAGUUCAUCAUCUUAAAGAUCAGUUGUUGAAAGUUGAAAGUGGGAAGCAGCAAGGAGAUUCGUGAAGGACUGAAGCUGUCUAAAUGAGUUGUAACUAUGUUCUAUAUAUGUUUCUCAUUGAAUAACAUUACGUUGCGUGAUUUGUUUGGUAUGCUCUAGAGAUCUUUGUAGUGAGUUUUCGUGUAAGAUGUAUUUCAUUUUUUGUGUUCUUAAUAUAUGCUAAGAAUAAGUGGAAGUUUAAGUAUCUUGGUCUAGAUGUGAUUUUUUUUUGGUAUCAGAGCAACCACGUUUACCUGUGUGACAGAUCUA